AUGAAUCUAGGCGUGAUAGCUCUCUUCCAUCCUCUUCCAUCCUCCUUCCUCCUCUGGACUGGGCGCUCCGCGGCGGCCCCGCGCCGGCAGCGCGUGACAGUCGAGUCGAGCAGCAUGGCAACCGAGGACAAGGACACGCUGGUCGUCCGCCGCCAGACAACCGGAGACGCUCUGCACAGCCUGCUCUCCGACUUGUUUGAGGAGGUCCGGCACGAAUGCAGCGGGAGCGUGGCCGACUACAUUCCUCAGCUCGCACAGGCGGACCCAGCCCUCUUCGGUGUGGCCUUCUGCGACGUCCACGGCCGAAUCUCAGCGGUCGGCGACAGCCGUGCGACCUAUUGUCUGCAAAGCACGAGCAAGCCGCUCAACUACUGCCUCGCUCGCAACCUGCAGGCGGCGGGACGGGGCGCGCCUGUGCACGAGCACGUGGGGUUCGAGCCGAGCGGCCGCGCGUUCAACGAGUUUUGUCUCAACGCGCAGGGCCUCCCGCACAAUCCGCUCAUCAACGCCGGCGCCAUCAUCGUGGCCAGCCUCAUCGAGCCGGCAAAGGAGCCAGCCGCGCGCUUCGACGAGGUCAUCGGCUUCUACCGCCGCCUCUCUGGCGGCGGUGCGGGCAACAUCGGCUUCGACAACGGGGUCUUUCUGUCGGAGAAGCACCACGCCGACCGGAACGUCGCGCUGGCUUACCACAUGCGACAGCACGGCGCCUUUGACGGCUACCCGACCCCCUCUCAGUUGCAAGACCACCUCGACCUCUACUUCCAGACCUGCUCCGUGACGAUCAACUCCGAGGUCGGCGCGGUCAUGGCAGCGACGCUCGCCAAUCACGGCACGUGCCCCACCUCGGGAGAGGCGGUCGUCAGCCCGUACAUCGUCAAGGACGUGCUCUCCAUCAUGCACGGCUGCGGGAUGUACGACUUUAGCGGCCAGUUUGGCUUCACGGUCGGCCUGCCAGCAAAGUCGGGCGUCUCCGGCGCGGUGAUGCUGGUGGUGCCCGGCGUCGGCGGCUUCUGCAUCUACUCGCCGCGGCUCGACGAGCACGGCAACUCGGUGCGGGGCCUCGCGUUUUGCAACGCGUUCGCGCGCCUCACCGCGUCGCGUUACCACGUCUUUGGCCGCGUGCUCUCCGAGCCCGCGUCGCCGUCGUGGCGAUGGGACGCCGGGAAGGAGGCCGCGAGGGACGGCGGGAGGGAGGGAGGGGCCCACGGCAGCGACAACGGCGCCGCGCCGCGGACGGUGGCGGCGGUCGCCGACGGAGACGCGGCGGACGAGGACAAGCAGGUGGAGCUGCUGGUGCACCGGCUGGUGCACGCGGCAUCGCUGGGCAACCUUCACGCGCUGCGGGAGCGGCCGACGCUCCUCGGCCACGGCGACCGCGACGGGCGGACGCCGCUCCACUUGGCGUGCGCGAAGGGGCAGACGGAUUGCGUCGUCUACCUGCUCUCGAUUGAGAACGUGAGGCGCGAGCCCAAGGACCGGUGGGGCACCACCCCCGCCGCCGAGGCAGCAAAGUACCACGCGAAGCUCUGCGAGCAGCAGGCGGCCGGCGAUGACGGGUUGGAGGUGAGGAUGCAGGAGUGGGAGGCUGGGAUGUACUACAUGAAGCGCGACAAGCUGGCGGCCGGCGUCGGCUGCGCGAACACUCGCAAUGACGUCGACAAGCGCACGCCGGAGCCGCUGGGAGGCGGGUUCCGCCACCUCGUGGUCUACUGCCGGCGGGGCGAGAAGUACGACACGUACGUCGGCCGCAAAUGUGCGGGUGCUCCAGCCGGAUGCGACGGCGGCUGGGGCAAUCCGCUCCAGAUGACCAGAAUCGACUCCGGUGAGCGCGCCCGGGUGAUCGCCAGCUACCGAGCGUGGCUUGCAGAUCGCCCGGGGCUGGUCGCGCGGGCACGCUCUGAGCUCCGUGGCAAGGUGCUCGCUUGCUGGUGUGCACCGCACGACUGCCACGGCCACGUGCUUGCCCAUGUCGCAAACUGCGACAAGAGCGAGCUCGCGGCGGCGCUCGCGCCCUGA